UUCACCUACCAGAACAGUGGGGUGAGGGCGAUGGCGAGUGCUGCGAAACGGUUGCUGUAUAGCGAGGAGGAAUUGGCAACUGCAACUGAUGCAAUCAGUUGCAUUCCAUCCGGUGAUACUCAGACGAGAUCAGCGCGAGGUGGGGAGGCGAAUCGCGAAGACGGCUGCUACGCCGACGAACUUCAGGUUUCGUCCCCUGUUCAGAAUGGAAGACAAGGAAAUGCUGCUGGCAAUAUAUGGUCGUAUUCAAUGCUAGAAGAAUCUGAUAGGGGAAGUUGCCUGUCCAGGAGCCAAGAUCUUUUAGACCUGAACAUCUCGAUUACCAGCCUCCAGGAUGCAGAGAAAGAAACUUGUGGUGCAACACAUAUUGACACCAAGAUGAAUUAUGGUGCUAACGGGGCAAUUGUCAGAAUGGAAGCUGCGCUAAGUUGCCAUGAUAAAUGUUCUAGUACUAAAAUGCGGACAAGGCUGGGAGAUGGGCGUUGAAGAUGUGAUGUCGAUCAUAAUGUAACAAAGAGGCUAGAGUUUGAGCCGGGCACUGUUGAUGUUGCUGACCACAACUUGAUCCAUUCUUUAAUUGCAACGAAUUACGCCGCACCUGACAACAUGAACCUGCCUGGAACCGGUGUGCACCCUUUGGAAGCUGAAAGGUUGUAUGGAACUGGUAUAAUUGACUUGAAUACGCCACCUGAUGAGCUUGCAUUAGAUAAUUCUUGUGUCGAUAACACUGCAAUGGUUGCUGCUUCUGGGGUGCUCUCUACAGUUGUUUAUGCAGGCCAAAGUAAUCCUGCCCCUUGGAAGAAAAGGUAAGCAAGGCAAAGGACAAAAAUGCUGACAUUUAUUAGUUUGAUUUUGAUAUGCUGCCUGCACUCUGAAGUUCAUUGUUCUUGUGACUCAGGGUGUGUAUAGUUCGCGAA